AGAAAGUGGCUCGAGGGAGCCAACAGCUGGGGGGGGGUGAAGGAGAGGCGAGCACGUGAGGGGGGCCAGGUGCGUGGAGGGGAAGGAGUUGGAAGGUUGGUCCCCCCCUCCCGGCCCUUGGGCUCUGAUCUUCCACCCUCCCUCACCCUGACCUGGCUCCGGAUUGGGGCCCGGCUGGCCAUGGCAUUCGCCGAUGCCGUCCUGCCCUCCAUCAGCAGCCUGGCCGGCUUCUGCCACUUCCAGGAGAAGCAGUCGGAGAUUCUCAAGUGGUGGAAGGUGGAGGAAGAUGACCCGGACCCCCCAGUGCCCAGCCCCAUGGACCUGCCCAAGCCCCAUGGCUCCCUGCAGCUCAAGCAAGAGGAUGAGGAAUCCUGCUGGGACCUAGACUUCCUGCUCAGCAAUUUCCCCAGCACGGAGGCCGGUGGCCCCGGCCCAGGCAGGGGGUUCGAGGCAGGGCUUGGGCUGUGCCAGCCAGAGGGCUAUGAGGGGCAGAGCCCAGGCGGGUACACAUCGGGGGAUGGGCUCCCGGGCCCCACCAGCCUGGUGGCUGAGCUCCUGUCGGGGGACGAGCCCCUGGGCUGCAGCUCGGUGCCUCCCGGCUAUGCCCGCGGGCAAGAAAAGGGGGGAGCGGGCACCUUUGUGGCCCAUCUGCCGGCAUACCCCUCCAGGCCGGACUGUGAGGCCCAGCCCCCUGGCGAAUACAGGGAUCCCCGGCCCGUGGCCCUGCGGCAUGGCUACCAGCUGACGUACGGGGGCUAUGCCCCGCUGGCCCCCACCCUGCUGGCCCGGGGCGCCCCCUACUGCCAGCUGCCCCCCUACGGUCUGGGGGGCAGCUGCCAGGCCUUCUGUCACAGCCAGUACCAAGCCCGGUUCCAGCUGUACCGGGGCAGCCCAGCUCUGCUGCCCUCCCCAGCCCCUGCGGGCUACCUCGGCCUCCUGGCGCCGCCCCACCCGCUGGCCGGGGAGCUCCCAGCCAAGCCCAAGAGGAGCCGCAAAGCCUGUGCCCACAAGCGCCCCACCAGCCACACCUGCAGCCACCCCAGCUGUGGCAAGACCUACACUAAGAGCUCCCACCUCAAGGCCCAUCUCCGCACCCACACAGGCGAGAAGCCGUACCACUGCACCUGGGAGGGCUGCGGCUGGAAGUUCGCCCGCUCGGACGAGCUGACGCGCCACUACCGGAAGCACACAGGGCAGCGCCCAUUCCAGUGCCGGCUGUGCCAACGAGCCUUCUCCCGCUCCGACCACCUGGCCCUGCACAUGAAGAGACACGCGUAGGGGCCGCGGCCGCGCCGUGCCCCGCUCUGCCGGCGCCACGGACUGGUAGCGAGCCGUUUCAGCAGGUUCUGUUCUUGUCUUUCCCCCUCAGCAGCGACAAGCAGCAAGUGCCUCCUUGUUAAAUGUCAGAAGGGGGAAGAGCUACUCUGGCGUUAUAAACUGCAGGAGACGGGGUCCAGCAUCUUUCCCCUCCAGGGGGUGCCGGCUUCGCUUUGCUGCUGGCGUGGGGAACGGGCUGGUUCAGGGGCUGGGGACUGGGACAUGAGGCCUUUCCCCUCUAGAGGGUGCUGGCUCUGACUUCAAUGAUUAAAGAACCAGAUGUAGUUUCCAGCUCCAUGAAAUGAGUUUGAGAGCUCCUGCCACCCUCUGGGUAGGGGUGGGGAUUGGGCCAGGCCCAUGGGAGAAGGGUGAGGAGAAGCAGGGGGUGGGGGCGGGAGACUUCUCUGAAUGAACUGACUCCAUUCAGAACAGCUGCUGGUCCUGGCCUCAUCUCACAGUGGUGGCAACCAGACCUCACUGCUCAGCAUACACAAAUUGUGGGGGUCUUUGAAGGAUUAAAUUUACCCUGUGAGUAACUCUUUGCAGCUUUGGGGACCCAGUUCUUCUCUCUCCAUCCAUCAGUUCUGGUCGCAGGCAUCCGAAUUACAGAAAUUCUUUGUUUUCAGUGUGUUUCUCCCCCCGUGCAGUGUCUCUCAUGCCCCAUACUGUUAUCAGUGAAUGGGGAUUCCUCUUGCUGUGUCUUCUAUGCAGAAUCUACACCCCACUGUGUUUGAACCUCUCUAAGCCAGGAGAGGAUUGAAUGAAGUUAUUCCUUCUCCCCUGGCUCUUUGAAAGUGUGUCCUGGUGGAUUGAAAAGUAAGAGCUGCAAGGGACGACUCUGCGGAAGUAUCACAGAAACGCUUACCCAGCUUGUGACCUCUGUCAGGCUGGGUGCUGCACAGUGAGGGCCAGCUCCUGCUCUACAUUGCCUCAGUUUCCCCUUCACCUUGUGUCUCUGAAUGUGAAAGGGACUUGCCCUAGCUCAGAGAGCGGGUCUGUGGCCGAGUCGGGAGGAGAACCUAGGAGUCCUGACUCCUGGUAGGGGGCCCUGGCCAUUCAGCCAGGUUGCCUCCCCGAGCCUAGUGAAUAAGAGUGGAUUUUGUUUAAUGACUGCAGGAGGGUCAGUGCCCAGCCCAAGGGGUCCCGGCCUGGGAUUAGGGCCCCUGGCUGCUACUGUAAUGCACCUAAUAAAUCAUGUACAGUGCCCAGCACAAGGGGGUCCUGAGCACUACCGUAAUGUACCUAAUAAAUUGUGUACAGUGCCCGGCACAA